CGUUGGAAACUGAUUUCGCGCCGCAUUGAAUCUGGAAGUGAUCUACAAUCGAAGUCAAUUGCCAGCAACCAUGCUGCGAAAUAUAAAAUUAGAUUGUUUCUAAAAACAAGUGUCUAAUCUUGCGUACAUCCGCAUUGUCUACCUUAACUUUGAAUACUGCUGCACUCGAUGCUAUAUAAUUCCCCUGGUAGCGUCUUGCUUGUAAUCUUACAUUCAAUACUCCAAUGCCGAUCAGUGUCGCUGUCACUUGACCUGCUCCAUUCACACCCCCCACCUUCGAAUACGACAGAAAGAGCCUACGAUCACCGCCUGGAUAUCCUAAGGAUACAAAAUACCUUCUCCUCUAUUGCAUGGAAAAGUGCCGGUGGUCUCGUUGGUAGUAGGAUGCGAUCUACGGAUCUCUCUUCUUCAUGACCCCAGUAUCGAAUCUCAGGCCAUCUCACAUGCCGUCUUCGAGAGCAC